AUGUUUGACGAUUUACCCCCGGAAAUACUCCAUCUAGUUGCCUGCGAUCUCCGCGGCGAAGAUCUCUAUCACCUGGUAUCCUCAUCACGUCGACUGCACAUCGUGUUCCAACAAUGCCUCUACACCAACGUGAGUAUCUGCGGAUGGGAGCCAUAUGACGGUAUAGACCAAUCAGCCCAAAUCUUUCUAUACGCCGUGACCCGAACGCCGAGGCUGGCUAGCUAUGUUCGGUCCCUGAAGGUCGAGUGCUGGGUCAGAGAAAUCGCUGAUGCAGAUGUCUGGAAAGGGGAACGAGCUUACAGGAACAUUGAAUUUGAUGGAAAUCUCGUACGCAAACUAGUCAGCGAAAGAACGGGAUAUUCCGAAGAGGAGAGAUCCAAAUGGUUGAAAGAGCUCGAACAAGAUAACAGAGAUGCUUGGUUGGCUUUGCUGAUUCCGCAAUUGAAGCAAUUGCGGAGAAUCAGACUCACAUGGCCGCCGUACAGCUCACACUAUGUGUUGGAUAUGUUGCAAAAAGCUGCUCUUGAGGAAGAAUCAUUAUUCCCUUAUCUCGAGGAAGCCUAUGGAGUUUGGGGCAAUUCAGAGAACGCAUUCCCAUCCUAUCAAAUGCAACCAUUCUUCAAGUUCCCGUCAAUGCGCGAAGUGUGCUGCUCCAUGAUGACGGAGUAUGACAAUGGUGAUUAUUCCGAAUUUGCGAAGCGAGACACCCUCUCGCCACAGUGCUCGAAUAUAACGGACAUCGACCUCCAAGAAUGCAAUUCUGUGGUGGGGAUGCGUGAAUGGGUUCACGCCUGCAAAGCACUGAAAUCAUUCCGGUUUAUCCAUGGUUCACGAAUAGUCUCCAACGAUGACUUUCAGCCACGGAAAAUCUACGAAUCACUUUCAUUCCAUAUGUCGACGUUGGAGUUUAUCUGGGUUGAGGCUCACGAUGGCACCAUCCAUCUGGAUACCGACGACGAAUGGAUGGGGAAUUUCGCUGAUUUCACUGUUUUGAAGCUCAUUUGCACUUCCUUGCCCAAUCUUCUGGGCCUUGAUGAGCACAAUCUACUCCUUUGA